GGAUUAAGGGGAUUGAUGGGACGUGUCCUGCCGGGCCGCGCCUCUCAGCGCUUCGCCCCUCCCCUCGCGGGUGAGUGCCCAACCCCCCAAGCGGCGAGAGCGCGUGCGCGCGCGGUCCCACGCUGCGGCCCUGCACGCUGGCUCCGUUGCGCAUACUCCCAGUCUGUGGGCCCGCAGGGAGGCGGCGCAGGUUGUCGCCGGGAGGCGGGGCAGAGGCAGAGCGGAGGCAGUAUGGCAUCCUCCUUGUGGUUCCGAGGGGCCACCUUUGGCCGCCGGUACUGGAGCCGCCGGCUGCAGCCGGCAGCCACAGCGGUGUGUUCUAGGUCAAUGGCUUCUAAGACUCCAGUUGGAUUUAUUGGACUGGGCAACAUGGGAAAUCCAAUGGCAAAAAAUCUCAUGAAACAUGGCUAUCCGCUUAUUAUUUAUGAUGUGUUCCCUGAUGCAUGCAAAGAGUUUCAAGACUCAGGUGAACAGGUAGUAUCUUCCCCAGCAGAUGUUGCUGAAAGAGCUGACAGAAUUAUUACAAUGCUGCCCACCAGUAUCAAUGCAGUAGAAGCUUAUACUGGAGCAAAUGGAAUUCUAAAAAAAGUGAAGAAAGGCUCAUUAUUAAUAGAUUCCAGUACUAUAGAUCCUGCAGUUUCAAAGGAAUUGGCCAAAGAAGUUGAGAAAAUGGGAGCAGUUUUCAUGGAUGCCCCUGUUUCUGGUGGUGUAGGAGCAGCUCAGUCGGGGAACCUCACUUUUAUGGUGGGAGGAGUUGAAGAUGAAUUUGCUGCUGCUCAAGAGUUGCUGGGGUGCAUGGGCUCCAAUGUGGUGUAUUGUGGAGCUGUUGGGACUGGGCAGGCUGCAAAGAUUUGCAACAAUAUGCUGUUAGCAAUUAGUAUGAUUGGAACCGCUGAAGCUAUGAAUCUUGGAAUCAGGUUAGGGCUUGACCCAAAACUACUGGCUAAAAUCCUAAAUAUGAGCUCGGGACGGUGUUGGUCAAGUGACACUUACAAUCCUGUACCUGGAGUGAUGGAUGGAGUUCCCUCAGCUAAUAAUUAUCAGGGUGGAUUUGGAACAACACUCAUGGCUAAGGAUCUGGGGUUGGCACAAGACUCUGCUACCAGCACAAAGAGCCCAAUCCUUCUUGGCAGUUUGGCCCAUCAGAUCUACAGGAUGAUGUGUGCAAAGGGUUACUCAAAGAAAGACUUCUCGUCUGUGUUCCAGUUUCUACGGGAGGAGGAGACCUUCUGAGUGUGCCGUUUGGCCAUGGACACUGUUGAGAACCAAACUCUAUCUUGGCACCUCCUUCUAGCUCACUUCACAAGUAAAUGGAUUUAAUCAAAGGUCACCUGUCUACUUUUGAUUAUUUAGGUCACACUAGUUCCUAGGACUUUUCACUUAUUUUUAACUGCUUAUUUUUUUUGUCUUUUUAGCAAACGUACAUUAUCUGAAAAAAAAUUUCCUACAAGACACUGAUGGUCUCUGCUAAGUAGCUGAAUGGGGCCUUUUUAAAAAGUUUGAUCCUUGAGAUAAAUUGUUGGAUACUUCAAUCAGGAUAUUAUUUACUCUACCUUACAAACAAAACUAAAUAUUUUGUCAAUAGGAUGAAACCCAUCUUAAAGGGAAGAAAAGAACUCAGUAUGAGGAGAAGAGAAGUAUAGUGAAUUACCACCUGUGUCCCUCAGGAAGUUUGUGCUGUGUGGUUACUGUGUUACGGAGCUUACUGCCUUACUCUCUAGGGAGGUGAUAAGGCCAGAGAACCUGUUGCUGCAUGUUUCAUAAUUUGGACUUUACAGUAUCUUAGUAUGUUCCUCUGCAACUCCCAGGACUCAGCAGAGUCGUUUUUAUAUAUAUUUUUUGCUUCCUUGUACAUUCUUACUACAUAUUUUUUUGACUUUAAAUAAAUGACAUCUUUAGACCUGUUCCAGAGCCAAUGGUGAUAUAUGCUGUAGAAAAUUAUUACAUUAUUCUAAAUAUAACCAUAUUAUUUUCAAUUCAAAUAAAUUUCUAUGCUGAUAAUA